ACACGUGUGUUUGACAGUUACUGACUUCUCUGUGUUGUUUAUUUUGUUCAUAGAAAAUAUAUUGCCACUUUCCUUGCGUGAAAAAUUCAUUGAGUUGCGAAAUGAAUAUUAGUCUAAAUAUUACAAAAGGAUCGCAAGCAGCGAAAACUGUGAAAAAGGUUGAAAGGCCAACUUUAACGAAGAAACAUGCUAAACAACAGAAUGAUUUUUCGUUCGAAUUCACCAAAGGCAGUAAGGUAAAGGCUUUGGUUGCUAAAAGAAGGAAUCCAAAUCUGUUAGCAAAGAAGCAACAAAUUAAGUCUACCGUUGAGAAUGGAAGUACAAAACCAGGAACCCUCACUUUUCAACCUACGAAAUCAAUCGAUGAAGUGACGUUGCGAGAUGAACCGUCGGUAAGUCUCAGCCUAAAUGUAGUGUCCGGUAAUGAGGCUGAUCGCAUGAAAACGGCAGAGAAAAUCCUCAGACGAACUAUGACAAAGAAACAAAAGAAAGAAUUGAAUUUGGAGAAGAAAGCAGCAGCUUUUCGACAAGAAUUCGAUAGGCCAGCGAAAUCUGUUGAACAACAGAAGAAAGCAGCCGCCAUUCGACCAGAAUUCGAUAGGCCAACCAAACCGGUCGAACAACCGAAGAAGCCAGCCGUGUCACGACAAGAAUUGGAUAAGCCAACAAAACCGGUCGAACCAUCGAAACCUAAGAAACAAUUCAAGGAAAAACCGAAGAAAAUGUCAUCUUUGUUUGCAAACAAUGCAGAUGUUCCAAUAGUUGGACAAAGAUUGGUGAAUCCGCUCAAUGAAAAGGUAUUUACCGGUGAAGGGAUGAAUUCUGUCGGACUACACGAUCACGCUGUGAAAAAUUUGGCAGACAUUCUACAAAUAACUGAACUGACAACAGUUCAAAAGCGUACAGUACCGGUUGUUCUAUCUGGUAGAGAUGUGUUAGUUCGUUCACAAACUGGUUCGGGGAAAACAUUGGCCUAUGCUCUGCCGAUAGUGCAAAAGCUUCAAGAUAUUCGUCCGAAACUGUCUCGCGAAGAUGGAAUUCAAGCUGUAAUCAUUGUUCCGACUAGAGAAUUAGCCAUUCAAAGCUACGAACUGUUUGUCAAAUUGCUGAAACCGUACCAGUGGGUCGUAUCCGGCUAUAUGUCGGGCGGUGAGAAACGAAAAACGGAAAAAGCUCGACUUCGUAAAGGCAUCAACAUUUUGGUGGGUACACCAGGAAGACUGUGCGAUCAUCUUUUGCACACCGAAUCCUUCAAAUUAGAUAAGGUGAAAUGGUUAGUUCUGGAUGAAGCAGAUCGACUGUUUGAGCUAGGAUACGAAAAAGAUGUGAAAAAAAUUGUGGAUGCUCUGAAUACAACGCCCGCUGUUGAGGGUGGUGAACGAGCAAAUCCAUUUGCAAAGAAAGCUGAGGAAUCGUCAACGUCAUCUAUUCAAAGUCUCCUAUUGUCAGCCACACUAACACAUUCCGUGCGACAACUUGCCGGCCUAGCAUUGAAGAAUCCAUUGUUCAUAGACACAAGCGACGUGACCAGUGAGGACAUUCUGAAAAGCAACAAUUUUAUCGAAUCAUUUGACGAAGGUAUCGCUGAUGAGAAAAUUGUUCUGCCUUCGACUGUUAGCCAGUCUUACGUUCUUGUACCGCCCAAAUUGCGGUUGGUAACACUUUCCGGCUUAAUUGCCACUGAAUCGGUGCAACCAUCAAAGAUUUUGGUAUUUUUCGCAACGGAACAACUUGUCGAAUUUCAUCAUGAUUUGAUGAUGGAAGCGCUGACAAAGAGGAUCUUAGAUGCUGAUGAUGAGGAGGAAGAAAAUGAUGACAGUGAUGCUGAUGGUGACGACCCAAUCUUGAGUGGCGUUAGGUUUUUUAAACUUCAUGGCGCGCUAACACAAGUGGAACGUAGUGCAGUUUUUAAAGCUUUUCGAGACGCGAAAUCCGGAGUGCUAUUGACGACCGACGUAGCUGCCCGUGGCAUCGACAUUCCCAUGGUCGACUUAGUGGUUCAAUUUUUCCCACCGCAACGGAUUCAAGACUACGUUCAUCGUGUGGGUCGUACCGCACGAGCUGGUAGAACGGGUAGAGCCAUUUUAUUUCUGUCACCAAACGAAACCGAUUUUGUGCGAACAUUAGAGGACAAGAGAAUACGCAUUGCACAAGAAGAUUCGACAAAGUAUUUGAAAGGAAUCGCUCAAACAAAUAGAAUGCCAGCAACAUUGGAAGAAAGUGCAUCCGAACUUCAAAGGAAAUUCGAAGGAAUUAUUAACGAUGACACCGAAAUGCAUGACAGAGCGUGUAAAGCCUUCGUGUCGUGGCUGCGUUUCAUUGCUGCUUUUCCAAAGGACCUGAAAACCAUAUUCAAUGUGAAAAGUGCACACAUGGGACACUAUGCGAAGAGUUUGGGAUUACGUGAAGCGCCAAAGGCAUUUACCAAACAACAUAGUGCACCGAAACCCGAACUUCCUAAAAAUCGCCUAACGUACACUGCACGAAACGAAGUAAGAAAAGUCGACAUGAAAACCAAAAAAGGAUCGACAAAACGCCCGAACACCAAUCAAUUCAACAAAUUCAUUUCGAAAUCGAUCAGUUUAUCAACAUCGGAAUUCGGUAGUGGACUUCCACCAAUGAAAAAGCGAAAAAUGGCUUAGAAAAAAGAAAUUGUUGUAAUUAGAGGUAUGUGUGGUUGAAAAAUAAAAAUGAUCGAACCAUAAAA